GUCCUAGUUUGCUUGGCUUGUUUGGCCGUGGAAGCGGUCGAGCAAUGAAAGUAUCAACGAACCUCUCAGGGAUCACUGCACACCAGGACCUUCGUCCAGACAAUAUUCUGUGGAACGCCGAGCAAAACUGUGUUAUGAUUAUCGACUUCCACUGUUCUCGACUAGACCCACGACCGGACAAAAACCGGCCACAAUCGGCGAGGUUCAAUUUUAAUGUUGAGGCACGUGAGCGGAAACGACUUCGUAUGCUCUGACACAAAGCGAUGUGCUCAAUGCAAUGUGCUUCACGUGAUCUCUACGAUUUAGUGUUGGUCAAUGAAAUUGCCUAGUUCCAAUUACACAUCAUAAGCAACCAAUUAUGAAUAUUUGAUUUAAGUUAUAUACGGAACGUGUUCAAUCAAUAAAACGGGAUCUGACGAAGCAGAAACAGCUCGCCUUUUGUGUGCUCUAGGACGUUCAUGUAGCCUGGUACGAUAGAGAUACUCAUUCAGCAGCCCUGGGGCCCACUGUC